AUGAACGACCUUCUUUAUCUACAACACCCAAAUCCUAAACCUCAGUGGGUAGAACAUAUCGAGAGUAUUAUACAGCAACUCCUUAGUGUUCAAGGCACAAUUAUCGUUCAUAGAUCCAAAUUAUUUGCUUUAAUGGAUGAUUUCAGAGCUCUUCACAAGAAUUUCGAUCCAGAUAUUCAUGCUCCACAAGAAAAACUUAAGCAAGCAAGCAGUGAAUUAGUCGAAGCAAUCAAUAAAACAAACCAAUUAGCUUAUUAUUCAUCUACCGCGCAUUGGAGCCAACCAGCCAUUACAUGGCCAUCUAGUUAUAUGCGCGACAACAUACGCAGAAUUAGAGAAGAUGUACACGAAAGCUUAAUUAUUUUUGGCUGUAGAAAUUGUCCAAACUUUUUAAUUAGCGAGGAACAGUUAAACGCACAGAAUGAUGUUGAUAUACUUCAACUCAAAGGCUCUCUUAUGGAAUAUUUAGCGCAAGUUCAAGGGCAACCACAAACCCCACAAAUGCAAGGUGUUAUUUCACUUAUAAACGAGCGAUUACGAUCCAUCGGACCAUUGGAAGGCAUCCAAGAUGGUCCAGCAUUAGUUUGUGUCCCUCCAUUCUUACCAGCCAAAUUAAAUUACGUUUUGAGCCACGAUGCCUUCACAAUAGGCAACACCAUUGGCACAGGAACAUUCGGAUCCGUCCAUAUCGGUACAAUGAACGCUACAAACCGCAAAGUUGCUGUCAAAGUGUUAAAUACCCAAAUUUUAGGUGGUCGACAACUUGAAACCUUCAAAAGGGAAGUUUGGACAAUGGCCACUCUCAACCAUCCAUCGAUUCUACGCCUCGUAGGUGUUACUUUGACCCCGCCUUUCUGUAUUGUCACUGAAUUAUUGAAAGGAUCACUUUACGACCGCUUAAAAUUCCUUUCUCCGACCAAACGAUCGAUAAUUGCAUUGAAAGUUGCCCAAGGAAUGGAGCAACUCCACGCCGCGAGGAUUAUCCACAGAGAUCUCAAGAGCGCUAACAUUCUUUUAGACGAAGACGACAUGCCACGUGUUUGUGACUUCGGAUUGGUCGGAUUCAAGACAGGAGCAACAAGAACAGGAUAUGUCGGAACUGCUCAAUGGAUGGCACCUGAAGUUUUGAGGUCAUCUCCCUUUUACGAUGAAAAAGUCGAUGUUUAUUCAUUUGGUGUUUUACUGUGGGAGAUGCUUACAUUGCACGAACCGUAUUCCGGCAUGAAACAAGAGCAGAUUGUCAUGGGAGUGAUAGAAAGUGGAUUAAGACCUCUUAUUCCUCAAAAUUUCAGUCAUUCCAAACUUGUUCAAUUAAUUGAACGUUGUUGGAGUGAACAACCAUCAAUGAGACCUCCUUUCUCAACAAUAGCAACAUUACUGAUGCAAGCGGACUUCCACUUCUUCGGAACAAACGAAACAGAGUUCCAAGCAGCGAAUCCAAGCACUUUGAUAUCAAUAAAUCUCGUUCAGGCGUAUGAUAGUUGUAACUGGUCGAGAUUUGAACAAUUAUUAAAGUCUGUGACAAGGGAAGAAACUGAAUCAGAUACACAGUUAUUACCUGUUAUUAUUACUUUGUUUUCUGGUUUGUCUGUUGAAUUACAAUCCUAUUUAGUUUCGAAAUUAUCAACAAUGGUUGAUUUCGAAGUUUUCAUCGCUCAAUCUGGAUAUAAUUUCAUUUUGUCGAUGUUUAACAUGGCUCCUCAAGUUGUUUCUAGUUUAGUAACUGCUCUGAGACAGGUUGACUUGUCAUCAAAAUGUUUCAGACAAGUAAAACUAAUUGGUUGCCUCGCGGACUCUAAAAACUCUGACGUGACACAGUUAUGCGCUGAUUUGUGUGAAUAUAACGAUAUCGCUGAUUAUAUCGUCAAAAAUAAAUUGCCACUGAAAAAUGUCAAUGACAAGGAAGUUAUAUGGCUUUAUAAUAACUUGUUGAUGCACGCGCAACUGGCACCAAUCAUAGCUCAACAACAGGAACCAAUAAUGAUAGCUGCAGCAAGAAUUAAUGAUUAUCCACUCGAAAUUUGUUUGAUGCUGGAAAGUUUUCCUUUCAAUGAGACACAUGGAAAGAUGGUUCAUGAUCUACAGUUGAUAACUAAGCUCGCUGCUAUAAGCGACAUGAAUUCUAGCGCAUUAAAAGUUAUUAACGCAUUGAUCUUGACAAUUCCUGCUGAAUUCUUGAAAGAUGAGAAGAACAUAAUAGAAAGAGUUGUUAAAAGACACAGAGUGUUGUUCAAAGCAUUGGAAAUGAAGCUGACAGAAGAAUUAAGUAUAAAACUUCAUCCAAUCGAUUGGUCGACUAUGAAUUAG